UCCUUUUUUUUUUUUUUUUUUCAAUAUUUUCAAGGGGGAGGAGAUUUUCCACAAGAAAAGGUUGUUUUCAUGUUUGGGAUUCAGGAAAGCAUCCAACGGAGUGGAAGCAGCAUGAAGGAAGAGCCGCUGGGCAGCGGCAUGAACGCGGUGCGGACGUGGAUGCAGGGCGCCGGGGUGCUGGACGCCAACACGGCGGCGCAGAGCGGGGUGGGUCUGGCCCGGGCUCACUUUGAGAAGCAGCCGCCUUCCAAUCUGCGGAAAUCCAACUUCUUCCACUUCGUCCUGGCCCUCUACGACAGACAGGGCCAGCCCGUGGAGAUCGAGAGGACAGCCUUUGUGGGGUUCGUGGAGAAGGAAAAAGAAGCCAACAGCGAAAAGACCAAUAACGGGAUUCACUACCGGCUCCAGCUCCUCUACAGCAAUGGGAUCAGGACGGAGCAAGAUUUCUACGUGCGCCUCAUCGACUCCAUGACAAAACAAGCCAUAGUGUAUGAAGGCCAAGACAAGAACCCAGAAAUGUGCCGAGUCUUGCUCACACAUGAGAUCAUGUGCAGCCGCUGUUGUGACAAGAAGAGCUGUGGCAACCGAAAUGAGACUCCCUCAGAUCCAGUGAUAAUUGACAGGUUCUUCUUGAAAUUUUUCCUCAAAUGUAACCAAAAUUGCCUAAAGAAUGCAGGAAACCCACGUGACAUGCGGAGAUUCCAGGUCGUGGUGUCUACGACAGUCAAUGUGGAUGGCCAUGUCCUGGCAGUCUCUGAUAACAUGUUUGUCCAUAAUAACUCUAAGCAUGGGCGGAGGGCUCGGAGGCUUGACCCCUCGGAAGGUACGCCCUCUUAUCUGGAACAUGCAGCUACUCCCUGUAUCAAAGCCAUCAGCCCGAGUGAAGGAUGGACGACGGGAGGCGCGACUGUGAUCAUCAUAGGGGACAAUUUCUUUGAUGGGUUACAGGUCAUAUUCGGUACCAUGCUGGUCUGGAGUGAGCUGAUUACUCCUCAUGCCAUCCGUGUGCAGACCCCUCCUCGGCACAUUCCUGGUGUUGUAGAAGUCACAUUGUCCUACAAAUCGAAACAGUUCUGCAAAGGGACACCGGGGAGAUUCAUUUACACAGCGCUCAACGAACCCACCAUCGAUUAUGGUUUCCAGAGGUUACAGAAGGUCAUUCCUCGGCACCCUGGUGACCCUGAGCGUUUGCCAAAGGAAGUAAUCCUCAAAAGGGCCGCAGACCUGGUGGAGGCGCUGUAUGGGAUGCCACACAACAACCAGGAAAUUAUUCUGAAGAGAGCAGCUGACAUCGCAGAGGCCCUGUACAGUGUCCCGCGCAACCACAGCCAGCUCCCGGCCCUCACUAACACCUCGGUCCACGCAGGGAUGAUGGGCGUGAAUUCCUUCAGUGGACAACUGGCUGUCAAUGUCUCCGAAGCAUCGCAGGCCACCAAUCAGGGUUUCACCCGCAACUCCAGCAGCGUGUCACCGCACGGGUACGUGCCGAGCACCACCCCGCAGCAGACCAACUAUAACUCCGUGAGCACGAGCAUGAACGGAUACGGCACGGCUGCCAUGUCCAAUUUGGGCGGCUCCCCAACUUUCCUCAAUGGCUCAGCUGCCAACUCGCCCUAUGCCAUCGUGCCAUCCAGUCCCACCAUGGCCUCCUCCACAAGCCUCCCCUCCAACUGCAGCAGCUCCUCGGGCAUCUUCUCCUUCUCACCAGCCAACAUGGUCUCAGCCGUGAAACAGAAGAGUGCUUUUGCGCCAGUUGUCAGACCCCAGACCUCCCCGCCUCCCACCUGCACCAGCACCAAUGGGAACAGCCUGCAAGCGAUAUCUGGCAUGAUUGUCCCUCCUAUGUGAAAGAAUUGCCUUGAAGAAAUUUAUUAAUGAAGAGGUUGGAUUCUGCUACAGAGAGUAAUCUGAUACAAGUCCCCAAGUGGAACUUUUAACUCAGGCCUUUUUAAGAGGAAUCACAAUAACUGCAGAUUUUUAAACAAACAAUAUCACCGACCUUGCAAAUACUGAAAUUGGAAGGGAUCUGCAAGUGCAGAGUGUUGGUCAAAAGUUGUACCUCCCGAGUAUUUGGGGGAUAUAUUUAUUCUGUGUUGAUAAAAGCAAAUCCACUUUUUCUUUUACUUUCUUUUUUUUUUAAAGCUUAACUCUGCAAUCAUUGGUCUUUUAUAAACCAUAAAGCUGUAUACAAGGGACACUAUAAAUAAGACUCCAUGUUUUAAUUUAUGAUGUUUUUAAAGCUGUGUAAAGGGAGAAUGAAGUGGUGAUAUUUACAAAAAAGUUAAAAAGAAUAAAAAAGAAAAAAAAAAAAAAGCUUGUAUGGGACAGAAUAGGAAUGCCAGUUAGAUUUUUUUAGAAAACUAAGGGUCGGCUUUUGCGCCUUAAAGCAUAUCAAAUGGUAGUUAGCUCAGACAGUGCAUUUUCAAUAUCUAACUUAACACGCCAUCCCUUAGCAGUGCAAGCUUAUUUCUCUCUUUUGUAUUGUUGUCUUAAGUAACUGUGUAAAUAAAUGCAGCCUGGAAAGUUAAAAAGUGAUGUAAGUGAUCACAUUUUUCCCUUCUACUCAAAAAUCCAGUGCCUCUAGACAGAUUGUUAAAACUGCGUAUUGAAACCUGAUAUCAUUCUCUCUUUCACUUGUGUCAACUUCUUCUGAAGCCGAUGGCCUCUUGAGAGCUUGAUGGCGCACAUACUGUGUGAGAAUCUCCUAUGAGACUUCAUGGAACAGGGUCCAGGCACAGAAUUCCACAUUAUGCCCUCCAGUUACCAAGCCAAAAUCCCACUUUCACACCGCCAUUUGCAAGUUUAAAGUUUACUCAUCCUAAAUGCUGACUUCCUACCAAUCCUCCACAAGCUGACGGAAGCAACAUGGCAGGUAUUUCAGAUUUCCCAUUGGAGAUAACGCGCCUCUCUUGGUGACCCUUACCAUUUGUAACAUAAUAGAUUAGAGCGACAGGUUAAGUGCUUUGGAAUUAGGAGUAAAAGGAAAACUGGGAGAAAGGAGAAGAAGGUUGAGAGCUCCAAAACAUAGUUUUCUGUUCUAUGGAAUUUUUGCUCUCAUCAUCUGGGAAGUGUUCUUAAAAGUAAGAAUAAAUAGCAAAGAUGCAGCAAAGCUCGGAGGAUGCAUUUGCCUGAUAUUUUUUCCUUUGCUGUUGUGUUUUUGUAUGUAGUUAUAAAUACUGUAGAUUUUUUGUGAUUUUUGCCAAAGUCGUUGUUCUAUUUAUACAUUUUAAUGUCUUAAGACAGUUUUUCAAUAUCACAAAAAGAUUUUACUGCAUAUUUUGCAAAGAAAAAAAAAGCUCACUACCUUUAGCUUGCACAUACUUGCGAAGUUAAUUAAAAGGCUUUUUGUUUUAAAGGGGAUUUUGUAAAAUAUCCAUAUAAAUAAUGUAUUUAUCUUUGGAAUUUGUACAUUGCUUUCCCCUUCUUCCUUUUCCUCCCACUCCCAGUUUAUUUUAUUGUGUAUGUUUGCUAUGUGAAAAGUGCGUAUUUGUUUGGUCACCUACAGUUGUAUUAGCUGUUUCAAUGUGAUUUUUAAACAUUUCAUUUAUAGUUAUUUUUAGUUUUGUUUUAAACCAUGCUUCAAUUUUUUUUAUUUCCACCCAAAAGCCAUUGUCUAUUUUUGUAUUAUUUGUAAGUUAAGAAGUUUUUUCCAAUAUAUGGCAAAAAAAAAAAUAGUAGCAUAUUAUUCUUGUAGCAUUUAGUUCUGUAGAUUAAAAAAAAUGUAUCCUUUGCUUUGGAAGCUUACAGAAAAAAAAACUAAUGCUGUUUUACUCUAUUAAUAUGCAUGGAAUCUCUCCCUUUGGAGUGACGCAUUUUGUGCAUUAAAUUUGGGGGAGAAACUUCAUAGAAAUCAAUGAACAUACUUUCUUUCUUAAGUCUGCUUGUAUAUUUCCUCUGUCUUUCACAUAAAUAUAAACCAGCAGAUUGGAUGCCUUAACAAUGCAAAUCAUAUUCAUUUCACUUGUACAUUGUAACUGUGCACCAGAAUUGUCAGUCAUCACUAACAUUCUAAGAAAAAAAGAAAAAGAAAAAAGAAAAAAAAAAACAAAGAAAUGGAAAAGCACAAAAGAACUGUUUUGUUACCUUAAGACAAUGUAACUUUUUCUAGUAGAGCAAGAAAUUUACAACAAUGCUGCAACUGUGCAUGCCCCCAUAUGGAUUUUGCAAUGGUUUUCACUAGACUGGCGGAGUGCGAUUUUUAUGG